AAAGACAUACAAUUUUAUUUUUAAAAAUAAAAAAAACUUAUGAUCUUACCUUUCAUAAAACAUAUAAUUCGCGACUCUUCCAAGUGUCAGCAGAGCGAACCUUCAGCUGAGCAGUGCAGUAUAGACGGUGACUUACAUAUGUGCGCAGAGUAUGCGACGAUCUGCUAACAAAGCAGCGAAGGCAACUGCGAUAGCAAAAUGAUAUCAAAGUAUUUUGUUUUUAUACGUACUCUUUCCAAUGAGCGGUAAUUUCACAGUAGAAAUUCUUAAAAUCUCACCAGACAAAUCAUCCGAGUGCAAACCAGUUAUGUGCAAAUAAACAGUCUAGGAAUGUAAUUCACGUUCUGAUUACUGCAUUAAACUUUUUGCUGGACAUGUAUACAUUUUUCAAUGUAUCCUGCAGUACGGCUGGUAUGAAUUGGUAAAGCAGAUAAAUAGAAACACAGGAGAGAUAUUGAGAGAGAAGAGAGCAUGAUCUACAGCACGCUUUUUUUUCAAUACCAGCGAAAGAUAAGGGUGGAAUGCAAAUUUGAGAAAACAUGGACGAUACAAAAAGCACAUACCUGUAUUUACAUACAUGUCAAUCAUCAAAAGCAUGAUUUACUGUAAACUGGUACAUGUGUUUACCGUUACAUAUCGUUAUAGUUUCAUGCACCAUCGCGUCGGGUUUGAUCAACUCCGAAUUUGCAUGGAAGCAGUAAUCGAUAUGAAAGUUCUUAUAAAUAAGUGGAAUCGGCACAUUGCUGAGGAAACGUCUCUAACGGCAAAAUUUUUCGUUUUCAUGUGUGGAGGAGAACCAAUUCGAACUAGCCAUGACUCUGAGCUGGCCGAAAAGCAAUUACGCAAUGCAAUUCAUCUACAAAAAAAUGGAAUAAAGAAAGCAAAGAGUUUAAACAAAAAUAAAAAUAAAGCCGAAAAUGAUGUGAAUAUUGGUGUAUAAAAAUUGUAUCCUUUAUUAUUAAAUGAUGAAUGGUAGGAACUAGAUAAGUAGAAAAAUUACUAUUGAAAAA